AGUCAAAGUGGUGGAGCAGCCAUACUUCGUCAGCCGCUACAGAGACAAUUUGCUGCCGCUGCUGCUGCAGCCAAAAGUUGCUGCUGUCUUUAAUGUGGGGCCCCACAAGCAGCAGCAGCAAGUCCCAGUUGCUGCUCCUUACCUCGUCACCCACACCAGCCACCAGUCCCGCCCGCUGCUGCAGCACCAGCUGCUGCAGCAGCAGCAGCAGCAGCAGCAGCAGCAGCUGCAGCAGCAGCUGCAGCAGCAGCAGCAUGGGCGGCCGGACUAUGGGCGCGGAAGCGCCCCCUCGUACGGGGAAAGGGAUCCUUGGGCGGAAAGGUCUUUGCUGCAGCAGCAGCAGCAAGACCAUUCGCCAUGGCUUGACAGCCAAUACGGAGCAGCAGCAGGAGACCUGCAGCAGCAAGAUGAAAGAAACGCAGCAGCAGCAGCAGCAGCAGCUGCUGCUGACUGCCUUUCUCCAUGUGCCUCUGGCUGCAGCCCUUCAUCGUUUUUCAGCUGCGCCAACUGA